AAUUUUAGGAGAAGGAGGUGGCAAUGAUAAAGGAUUUUUCUCGUAACGGAAAAUCCGAUUUUGUGGCAAGUGGCAACCAAAAGCCGCCAUUUCAUAACGUGAAAACCCUCCCUCACUCGCAAGCCCACCCUCUCCCCUCUGCUUGUUUACUUUGUAAUUCGGGGAGAGAUAGAAGGGGUGAAGACGACGGAGUUUCUUUGUAGAGAAAAAGUCGGACAGACAGAGAGAAUCACAAACCCUAAUCUAUCAUUGAAUGAGGUCAUCUUUUGUCGAUUCUGAAUUCUUCCCUCCAAAUGAAACCAAAGCCAGAUGGGGUAUCUAGAGCUCAGAAGUCAAGAAAUUUCCAGGGUGAAAGGCCAAAUUGGAUUCUCAUUGCUGCCGGUGCCUUGUUAAGUACAUUGUCAUUUCGCUUUGGUUACAAGCUGAAGCAGGCACUCAACACAAAGCAGCAAGAAAAUGCUAGAAUUAGUUCAAAAGAAAAUGGGAAACCCUCCAACCGAAGGAAGCCUGGUUCCCAUCUGCACUCAAAUGUGUAUUCCUUUACACGAGAAGAUGAUGACUGCUUCAAUUGCAUUUCAGGAACUGAAGGCAUGAUAAAGAUAAAGUGCCCGCCCAAUGGCCAGAUGCUGAGUGAAUCUGAUGGAGCGCUUCCUUUGGUCACACUUCCUACUCCCGAAUUUAACAAGGAUAAUGGUGUUAUUUGGUCAUCUUCUCCUGAUCGUCUAGAAAUGCCUCCGAAGCCUUUUCACCAUUCAAACUGCUCAGACUCUCCAUGCGUCUCGGAAUCUGGCUCUGAUAUCUUUAGCAAGCGGGAAGUAAUACAUAAAUUGAGACAGCAGUUGAAGAGAAGAGAUGAUAUGAUACUGGAGAUGCAGGACCAGAUUAUGGAGUUGAAGAAUUCACUGAAUGCUCAGCUAGCACAUUCUACACAUUUGCAGUCACAGCUUGAUGCCACAAACGGAGACUUGUUUGAUUCUGAGAGAGAAAUCCAGAGGCUGAGGAAGGCUAUCGCAGAUCAUUGUGUGGCACAUGUGGGCCCCAAUGACAAGCCCUCCACAGUAACAGCUUGGCCAUCUGAGACAAUAAAUGGCCAUGCAAAUGGGUAUUUUAUUGAUAGGGAGAGCAAUUUUGACAAGCCAGAAAAAGGAAGAGGAGGUGGGGAGAGGAUUGAGAUGCUCAAGAGGGAAGUGGGAGAGUUGAAGGAAGUGAUUGAAGGAAAGGAAUAUUUACUUCAGAGCUACAAGGAGCAGAAGGCCGAGCUUUCCAUGAAGAUGAAGGAGUUGCAGCAGAGAUUGGAUUCUCAGGUUCCCAAUAUUUUGUAGGUACUUAGUUUGUCUAUUCUUGCCUUUUUAACCUUCAUCAUUUCAGGCUCCAAAAAUUUGAAAGCUUCGAUUUCUCUCUCUCUCUCUCUCUCUCUCUCUCUCACUCUCACCAAAUCUAGAGUUUAGCUAAAUUUUUUGGUUUUGUAUUUCUGGUGGUGCACGUGUGCAAGUGGAUGAUCGAGAGUGGACCAUCUGUUUCUUGAGAAAUGUUUGCUCUCUAUGUAGAUAACACGUAAUUAUUUUCCUCGA